CUCAAUCCUUUCCGUGCGUGCCGUGCCGUCGUGAACGAAGUAGCAGUAGCAAGCAGACAGCAGCAGUUUUGGUGGUGUGGUUCAAUAUCGUUCCGGACAGAUUUAAGUGUAGAAAAAUGUCUGCUGCAACAGCUGCACAUUCUCAAUCUUCCUCUAAGUCUUUUGCGAAGCAGCUGAAAUCGAAGACUAGUGAAUUCCUGGCAUCACCACGAAAUACCAGACAACUGGAGGAAAUUAUUGGCUAUCUGAAGGAAUGCAAUGCCAGAAAAGCGGCUGUGGUUCCAUGUUUGCUGGCUCUGGAAACUAUCUUUGUUGAACUACUCAGGCGGAAUGAAAUGCGAAUUUGGGUAAAACCAUUGAAGCCAGUCGAAACAUCUUCCGAUCUGGCUUACAAACAGUGUCUACAAGAACAGUAUAAGGAUGCGUUUAGUGCCAUUCUGGAGGGAUUUAACCAUGAUAAGCAAGCGGAGAGUACCCAAUCGUUAACCACAGCGAUGAAAUUGAUAGUGGCGGAAACCAAAAAUCCACUGGAGCAAGGUGCCAUUGCUUCCAACAAUUUUCCACUGGGUAAACUUAAAAACAUUCUCCAAGCGGUGCUUUCUUCGGAACGACUGAACACUCAUCUGAUCAAUCGUUUCAUGGAGUAUGCCUCUCAUUUAGAUAUAGUUUACUUUUGCUGGAAGGUAUUACCGUCAUUAGCACCGAAGGGAUUCAGUCCCAACUCGGUUUUUAUUCAAAAUUUUAUCAGCUUGCUUGGAGUUGUCUGUAUCGGGGAAGAAUCGCUCCACGAUUCGCCUAGUUAUUUGUGCGUCGAAAUGGAAGAGGUCGACUAUCCAUACAUUCGGAAACACAUUAACAAAACCUGGUCAUGUGUUAUAAACUGGAAACACGACGAGGUUUGUCACCGGCAGGUUCUGAUUCUACUGCUGGAGAAAGUUCUGGCUCAUCUGGAUAAACCAGUUCUUUUGACUGACUUCUUGAUGGAUUCAUUGGAUGUUGGUGGUGCCAUUAGUUUGCUAGCAUUGCAAGGCAUUUUUGUAAUGAUUCAACAACACAACCUUACCUAUCCAAACAUCUACGAAAAACUUUAUUCGAUGUUCGAGCCAGAAAUCUUCCACACGAAGUAUAAAGCCCGCCUGUUCUAUCUGGCGGACAUAUUUCUGAGCUCCACUCACUUACCAGAAGCGCUGGUCGCAGCGUUCGUAAAGCGGUUGGCUCGACUGGCACUGAUUGCUCCACCACAGGAUAUCAUUAUCAUUAUGCGGUUCAUUGGAAACCUGAUACUGCGACAUCCGGCUUUAAAGCGACUAAUUUUCCAUCCCAGCGGAGGUGAAGUAUCUCAGGAUCCAUUCAUUAUGGAGGAACGUGAUCCGGUGAAAUCGAACGCCCUAGAGAGUUCCCUGUGGGAAGUUGCGGCACUCCAAGCGCAUGUGCUGCCGUCAGUUGCCCAGGCUGCCAAAUUUAUUUCCAAUCCACUCCCUAGUGUUGAGUGGGACUUGGCCUCGGUAUUGGAGAUUGACGAGGAUGAUAUUUUUGACAAAGAGAUUGCCAAAAAAUCCAAAGAAUAUGCCUUAAACGACCAGCGACCAACUUCGAUAUUUCUGAACUGCGGAAGUCAAGGUCAAAAGUUUUCACAGUUCUGGAAAUUGUUUUAGAGCAACCACAUGAGCUUUCUCUCACUGACUAGACAUUCAAACUAACAAAUUUCAAAUCGGAAUUUCAACACACGGUGUUCUUACUGAAUUAUGAUGAUCUUAUGAAGCAUCAUACUUGAGCUUGGAGUAAUGGCAAAACUGUUCAAACUAGUUGUUUUGUGCUAAUUUGUGUUUGAGCUGCGUACCCUUUAAGGGUAACGGGUUUACAUGCUAUAGUCAUACUACAAAAUGUAUAACGAAUGCUAUUUAACAUAUAACAUAUAGGCUACAACAAAUGAAUUAUCCAUAGAACGAACACACAUUGACUAAUGCAGCACAAUAUAGAAAAAAUUGAAACAGAAUUAUUUCCUCGUAGGCAUCAGGACGACACAAUAAUGUUUUAAAUUUCCAAAACAGGAAAUUUUGUCAUAAGAAUAAAUCGGAGGGUUUUUUCCAAGUCGGACUAGUUUAAAAUAUUGAUUUUGGCCAUAUUUAUGUAUCAUAUCGAUCUGUGAACAUGGUCAGCAUAUUUAUCUAACCGACGAACUGCAAAUCUUCAUUUACAAAGUAGAUCUGUAACAUCUACAAAAUUGUUAUAAAAAACGUUCCUAUGAGAGAAAAGUCAUUAAAAAAACAAUUACUAGCAGUCCAAGUUAGGUAUCAUCGUGCUUUGUUUCUUAUCCAUCAAAUGCAGCACUAUUAUCUGGUAUAAUAAAAAUAGUAGUACACGUUCAUACAAUCAUAAGAAGCAUCAAACAAUGUCCGCACUGGAACGCAUAACACGUUCGUAUAUAUUGAUGGUUCUAUUGAAUGUUAUUUAUUUUUAAUCUUAGUGACACAGUGACACAGGUUGAAGGUAGAACAUGAGAACCAAUUGAAGAUAAAAGGGCGCUGUCUUGUAUCUCUGGACAGUGUCUGUAUGCAGCCAAUAUAUAACAGCCUAUCUUACGAACAGAAUAUCACCCGAAUAUUUGCAAAACCAGCCAAGCGGAGCCCAAAAAUUGUGAUUCAAAUUAUGUUUGUUGAUAAUGUAGGCAUAGCUUCUUCAGCUAGAGGGUAGACCUCUUCAAUUUUUCUGCCCUCGUCGAAUAUUUGUGGGGGUUAGCGAACAGGAACACGGAUGGUAUGAUAUUAAUUGAAUAAACUACGCGUAACUGAUCAACGUA